AUGCCUAACAAGUCCAAGUUCUCGAUUGAUUACUUCUCUGCGUUGGACGGUCUGACACAGGUCUUCCUCGUCGGGUCAACAAGAUUCGUGUUCUUGUCCUCGGUAUUUGGUGAAGAGUGGACCGUACGGCUCGGACUUGUUGGAGACGGGCGCUGGUAUGAGGGUGUAUGGAACGCGGAGGAUGUCUCAGCCUUCGCGUCUGCAGCGGGCCAAGACACUUCAGAGAAGCCCAUGCGCGCUCUGUGUGAGAAGCUGAGGCUCACUAUUGAGAAGGGUGAUCUCGGGAUCGACCAUUGGGAUCCCUCGGCGUCUAGGGCGAAAGAGAUGGAAUUCCUCAUCAGCCCGAAGGCGAAGUAUCCCAUUGCUAUUCCUCUACGGCAGAUGAGCGUAUCCGAAGCUUCUCGCUUCACUGUGAACUACAUCACGAAGUUCGCAGAGUCUACCAGAUUUGGCGACCUCAGUUUUGCCGCUGCCGCUGAUACGGAACGUACGCCUAAGGCGCCUGGUACCGGGCACAAGCGCCGCCGUUCGCCGUCGCCGACCCGGAACUCGCAGUACGUACCCACAGAUGAAAGCGGUUCGUCCGCCCCUCCAACGCCCAAGAAGCCGCGCCGGCCCGACACGAGGCCCUUGCAAGCGCAUCCGACUCUCAAGUACCAUCACACCAGUACGGGGUCUAAGGGCUCCAAAGUUAAGAGCAGAGAACUGAACAAAGAUGAACGCCAUGAACUGGAGGAGGUCAAACGCGCACUUCAACGCGAGAGAACCUAUAGGGAGGAAGCCGAGAAGCGCCACCGUGCCCGAGAGGCCGAGCUGCUCGCUGCGGAUCGUUUGGCAGGCGGGUCCAUUGACAGGCUGAGGAGCCAAACGUUGGUACCGGCGGUACCUCGAAGACCGGGUGCAUCGUUGGCAAAUCCGAACCAAAGGGCAAGGAAAUUUCAGAAACCAGAGUUUGCUGAUUCAGAUAGCGAUUGA